AUGAGGGGGUGUUCAUGUGCAUUUUCCACGUCGGUUUUGGUAUUCAUCAUAUUUACCAUAACACGUGAACGCACCAAAAGUCAAUUGCGCUGGGUGCAAGAUAUGGCCCUUAAUGUCACGCGGUCGGUCUGCACACCUAGACCACUGUAAACAUGUUUGAAACCGCAGAAGGUAUUUUACAACCCAGUUUUAAAUGAAGCAACAGCAACAUCAAAGGACAAUGAUGAAUGGCAAUAAAUCUUAUCUGAAUUAAUAACCUGUUAUCCUCUGUCAUUGAACCUGGAUAUUUUGCAAUCACAGCAUGUGCUCCUAAUAAAAUUCAGAUGGAACACUGACCUGCCUCCAUCCUGUAGUAACUACCACACUGAAAAUCACUUCUUAAGCCUCUGUGGAAAAAAAAAAACUUUUCAAUUUUCAAUUAUUCAAGUUAAUGUUCAGCAACAUCUACAGGUUGUCCCUUGAUAAAAAUGGGUUUAUUGGAUUCGUGAGAUGACAAUAUCACUUCCUUGUUGUAUUUGCCAGGAAAUCUUUGUCAUCAUUUGAUAAGAAAAGAUAUAAAUUAACAUUUGUUCUUUAGACACCAAGUAGGCUACACAAAACCUAUACCUUACUGGCUCAUGGAAAUGACUGUCUUUAUAAAAAUGUUUUUGGGGAUCCUUCUCAGUCUCUCACUGAGUUUAUGGUUCUGUGAUGCUAAAUCAAUGGGAGCUAUGUAUGUAAUACAAGAAACAGAAGCACCAUGUAUUAAUAUCAGUGAUACCAAUAGCAACCACGAGCUUGAAAAACUUCUCGACAGAAUUAAAUACGUUGCUCGAAGCUGCAAAGAAAUUCUUGACAAAUAUCAAGUUUAUGAGGAUGGCCUGUACUAUCUGAUCUCAUCAAGAGGGGUCCUUUACCAGACGUUCUGUGAUAUGACCACUGCGGGCGGAGGCUGGACGCUUGUGGCCAGUGUUCAUGAAAACAACAUGUAUGGAAAGUGUACUGUUGGUGACCGCUGGUCUAGUGAGCAGGGCAGCAACGCAAACCGGCCUGAUGGUGAAGGGACUUGGGCGAACAGAGUCAUAUUUGGAACUGCAGAGGCUGCUACAAGUGAUGAUUAUAAGAAUCCUGGAUACUUUGACAUUGCGGCACAGGAUGUGUCUGUGUGGCAUGUUCCUAAUAAUAUGGCGUUUGAACACUGGACCACUGCCUCCAUCCUGAGAUACCACACUGAAAAUCGCUUCUUAACUCUACAUGGAGGAAACCUUUUCCAUUUAUUUAAGAAAUUUCCUGUGAGGUUUGGAAUCGGGACAUGCAACAUUGAUAAUGGACCUGCUAUUCCAAUAGUGUAUGAUACUGGAAGUAAGGAUUCUACCAAACAACUGUACGGACCUAGUUCAAGAGGAAUAUUUGAUGCUGGAUUCAUCACAUUCAGAGUCUUCAAUACUGAAAAGGCAGCCAUGGCUCUUUGUUCGGGGGUUAAACCAACCGGCUGCCAUACUGAACAUUUCUGUAUUGGUGGAGGUGGACACUUCCCUGAGGCGGUCCCUAUGCAGUGUGGAGACUUUACUAGUUUUGACGUCAGUGGCUAUAGUACUCAUAGAGAAUGGAGUGCUUCCAGAGAGAUAACUGAAGCAGCUGUACUUCUUUUCUAUCGCUGACACUCUAAAACUAAAAUGACCUGCUUCUUUUUCUUCUCUCUUGAGAUAUCACAUUUAUUAACAUCUGAUUGUUAUAUGGACAAUUCUUUUUUUAAAGAUAUAUACUUUAUAUGGGUCUGUGAUCUAAGAAAGUUACAUUUGUUCUGUUGGAAUUUUAGGUAAACAUGUUUAUGUGUUUGUUACUAAUAAAAAAAAAAUUGUCGUUGACGAGCAGAUUCUGCUAGUUUUUAAAUGCAUACCCAGUACUGUAUACUUUAACUGUAUACUGUUUCUUUUUACAAAUGUUCAAAAAUGGAGAAAAAAAAUAAUAAUCUAAUGGAUUUCCACAUACUGAAACAUUUACAAAACAUUCACAUUUGUUCAUAUACCAAACACACAUAGCAAUUACUGUAAGAUCUAUUGAAACAUUCAUCAUUUCAUCUCAUGUCACACUCAUUCUUUUUCAAAAUUCUUUUUUUAGAGAUUAUUUUGGACAAUAAUAGAAGGGUAAAAAUGGCAG